AUGCUCCCCAGACGUCCCACGGUUGAGUUGCGCCAGGACCCAACCUACUUCAAAGAUGAGCUCAUCCCCGAAAUCAUUCACAUUGAAGGCUAUAUUGAGCGUGUCGACAAAGCGAGCAAGCAAGCCAUCUUCAAGCUUACGCCUUGUUCAAUCAACGCUCUCAUUCAAUACCACAGAGCGGUCCAUUGUCUCGACGGCGAGGCCGAUGAGUCGAAGAGGACCCACGCCGCAGAGAUUCACAAAUUAUUCAUGCAGUCAAUACACCACUUCUCCCACAGUGCCUCUGUGCUGGAGGAAAUGGAGGCAGAUGGUACAGGUGAGCUGCCCUGUAAGGAGAGUGAAGACGUCAAAGUCCGAAUUUGGAGACUGGCAUUCAGUGUGUGGCCUGCGGGGUGGACAAGGCGGGAAUAA